AUGGAGGAUUCGAUGAGGAAAAAGCGACUUUCACCUACAUCUUUGGUGAUUUGGAAGACAAUUGGAGGAAUUGAAAGUGGAAAAGUUUUACAAGUAUUAUUUGAUUCAGGAGGAUCGCAUACGAUGAUCAAUGCAAGGGCGAUUCCUAAAGAUGCUAAGGUACAAAGUAUUCAAAAUGCGAAGAAGUGUACUACUGUUGCUGGUGAUUUCGUUUCUGACAAAUGUGUGAAAUUGCGGGACGGAGUCUUUCCCGAAUUUGACAAACACCGCAGAAUCGCAGGUGUCGACGGUGUCAAGGCGAAUGUCUUCGAUUCGCCAACGUGUCCACAUGACGUCAUAAUCGGACGCGACCUUCUACACGAAAUGGGCUUGGAUAUCCAAUUUUCAAACGGACAAGUCAAAUGGAUAGACAAGUUCAUUCCAAUGAAGGCUCCAGAUCAUUGGCAAAAUCACACCAACUACUCAAUGGCAUUGGAUUGCGAUGUUUUAGAUAUCUACGAUGAUAAUGAUGCUGAUGAUGCCUUUAUCAUGGAUGCGAAAUAUGAAGCUACUUCAGGUGCUGAAGUUGCUGACAAGCAACAACAUCUAACUGAAGAUCAGCGCAAACUUUUGGCUCAAGCGUUGAAAAAUACAGACGAGAUUUUCGAUGGUCAACUCGGCCAUUACAAGCAUGAGAAGGUUCACUUGGAGCUCAUUGAGAAUGCGCAACCCGUCUUUUCAAAAGCGUAUUCUGUGCCGAAACAACAUGAACCUGCAUUUCUCAAAGAAUUGAAACAUCUACAAGAAAUUGGAGUUCUGGAACAAACAGGCCCGUCAGAAUGGGCGUCGCCAACAUUCAUCAUUCCAAAGAAGGACGGUAGGGUGCGAUGGAUCAGCGAUCUCAGACAGCUGAACAAGAAUAUCAAGCGUAAAGUAUACCCCUUACCUUUG